CCCUGGGCAAGGGAAACGGCGUUCGGAGAUGGAAGGAAAAGCUGAAUCGAGAAAAAUGGGGUGGGAGAGCUACGUGGUGGUGCACAACAUAGCGAAGAGGCACAACGUGGGAACGCUGGCUCGCAGUGCCACCGCGUUUGGCGUCUCAGAACUCAUCCUCGUUGGCCGUAGAGAUUUCAACUGUUUCGGCAGCCAUGGUUCCUCCUCCCACCUCCGAUUUCGACACUUCCACUCACUCCACGACGCUCGCAACUUCCUCAAAGACAAAGGCUGCGAUAUUUGCGGUGUUGAGAUCACAAACGACGCUCUCCCUGUCAACCACCACCCUUUCAAGAAGAGCACCGCAUUCCUACUCGGCAACGAGGGCCAAGGUCUUUCUCCUAAGGAAAUUCAGAUAUGCGACUUUUUCGUCUAUAUUCCUCAAUAUGGUGCCGGCACUGCUUCCUUGAAUGUCACUGUAGCUGCUUCCAUUGUACUCCAUCAUUUCGCAGUCUGGGCUGGUUUUGAAGAGAGAUCUCGUGAUGGAAAUAAAUUUGUUGUGGCUGAGAGACCCGUAAAACAGGGACGACGUAAUUACUCCACUGAAACAGAUGAUUCUAUCAUUCAAGAGCGUAAAGCUAGAAGAGAAAGUGCUGCCAAUGGUUUCUUUGAUGAGGCUGAGAGUGGCAAUUCAUCUUCGAACCUCCUUGAUGCAUUAUUUGUUGAUGGCUGAUGGAAAAUGUGAUUCCUUGACUGUCAUGAUUAAUUGAUCUUUGGGAUCGAAGGUCGAGGGCUUUAAGGCAUCAGCUGCAACAGAGGAGAACCAACAUCUUGGAGAAAGCGGACUAUUACAUAGCUUGUGUUAUAUAUGUAGCAUUUCAAACGAAAUCAUUUUCUGGGGGAAGGCAGCUACUGAGAUUAGGUGUGUAUAUAGUAAUUUAUGAUGAGUUUGCUGCAACUGCCGCCAGUUACAGGACAUGAAGUUAAAGCCAGCCUAUAUUGUUUUUGUAACAUGAUACUGACAUUUGCUUUCAGGAUGAGACCCAUCGUUGACCCCUUUUA